GUACCAACGCUCGAGGUUAUUUUCACAUAAAGAUUGCAUAGCAACUUGUCCACUUUUUAAGCCAAAACGAAAGAGUUCGCCGCUAAAAGGGAACACUUAUGCUGAAAUUUUUGAUGUGGAAUGAAUAUGGGAGGAGAUGCAGGAGAAACUGCCCUAUAAAGGGAAGAUUUAUUACCUUUCCUCUACUGAUUCAAGAUGAGUACAUCAUUCGCACUCUAAUUGCCUAAAAAAAAAACUCGCUUCAUAUUCCAUAUGCAUAUUUCCAGGGGACAACUCAAGGUCGAUAAUGUUGUUUAUAAUGCGAGUGAAGAAGUUCUGCCCGCUACGUGUUCAAAAUGUUACACCAUAUUCUUAAAUGAGAAUUACCAAAACAGUUGUGAUGAAGGAAGUCCCAGUUUCAUAACAACUUCUAUUUGAGAUGUAUCCGUCAUAGACGAAAAAACUCAUUAAGGGUAAAAGUAAUUGUACUCGCAUCACGCUUAAAAUCAGCAUGAUUAAGUAUCUUUCAAUUCUUGAACAUUAAUAUAGCAUUUUUAUGGACCACCAUGAAAAGCUAUGAUUUUAACCGCGAAAUAAUUACGCUUUGCUCUGCAUUGCGACCCGACGAUAGAUGUUUCUAACUGCUACGUGACGAAGACGAGGCGAUGGAGGCGUUUAACCAAGCUUACGACGAAUUUACGGGUGUUCAUUCUCUCAAGAAUGCAAAUUCAUCGAAAGGCUGUCAUGCUUUCAGCCUGAAAAGUUCUCCAAAGGACCGUUCGCAAGACAGAAAACUUCUUUUCAAGAUCUCUUCUCUGCUAGAAAAGAAAGAGAUAGAAGUCGCAUCUUACCCAGAAGAUAUCUUUGAAGAACAAGAGCACUCAGACAGCAGCGACAUUGAUGUCAGUGGAGAACAAGGUUAUUCACUCAAUGAUGACGAAUGCGAUCAGGUUGAGAAGGACGUCAUUUUCACUGAGAAAGGCUGCGAUGAUAAAGUAAAACUCACAGAUGAGGAAAAAGAAACUUUCGUUUCUGAAGGACUUCCGGUACCAAGCAGGAUACCAUUGACAAAGGCAGAAGAGAGGGCCCUCAAAAGGAUUCGGCGUAAGAUUAAAAACAAGCUCUCUGCACAAGAAAGCAGGCGAAAGAAAAAAGAGUACGUCGAAGGUUUGGAGAAAAGGGUGGAGACGUGCAACUCAGAAAACAGCAUACUUCGACAAAAAGUAGACUCCCUUGAAUCGACCGUAAGGGCGUUGCUGACAGAGCUAAAUAGAUUACGUAAAGUUUCUCUGGAGAAACAGGGAAGAGAAAGACCUGAAAUGAGAAGUAAAGGAACUCAGACGGGCACAUGCCUAAAAUGUCUCAAGAAAAGAAACGCCGUUUACAAACAGCAAAACCUAGCAAGACUGGAACAUCUCCGACAAAAUAACAACCUCUGCACAUCUCAGCCUUACAGCUUGCACAAGCUUGAAACACAUAGAUGAGCCGAGGAGAUUAUAAUUGGCUUCCAAACAGUUCCUGUCCUAAAGAUCAAGGCCGAUCUUAGUAGUUCUCGCACGAUGUAUUUAUAUGAUGGUGUGGGAAACCUACAUAGAGAAAAAGAGAGACGAGGAUGGAAUACAUUCACCGGCUGUUGAGAAAGAAGUCAUCUAAAAGAAUAAUUGAUGUAUUGGUUUUUCUAAAUAACUUAACUGCACGUUGAAUAUGGGUUCACUAUGUGAAAAAGACAAUGACUUUGCAAUAAGUUUAUCUAACCUCGCUCAAGGAAUUUAGCCCCUAUAUCAAUAGGGUAAGUGUUUUGAAUCAUCUCAUACUGACAGAUCAGCUAUCCAUACGAAAUUUAUGUACAAAAAUCUUGAAAAUCGUGUAGGUUUCUAAGAUGUGGUGUAUUAUAUAUAUCUUGUGAAAUGACUGUAAAUAAUUUUUGCUUGGAAUUCUUUCUGGUGGAGUAAUAUAGUACGCGUUUAGAAUACAGUUAUAGUUAUUAUUAGGAGGUUAAAAGGGCAAAAGAGUCCAAUAUAUAAAAUAAUCUAGACGUUCAAACAAGAAGCAGGAGAUUUUUAAGAAUUUCCCUCUAAGCCCCUUUGGAAAGUGGAACCCUCAAUCCGGGGUGCGACACUGAUAUGGGCCAAGAACUACAGAUCAAAUAGAAUACAUUGAGGUGGGCCCUCAGUGACAUCUUUCCGUGACCGCCGGGCAUUUCAAAGGAGUCGAUCUUCUCUUAACACCUCCAUUUAGUCUAGCUGACGCCGUGAGGACUUUGAUCACGGAAAACAACGCCCGUUCCUCGUUCUUUCUUGAGGAUUUUACCAGACAUUAGCCCCUAAACAUUUGGAGAAGACGGAUGAAUGUUCGUUUUUUGCAAGUUUUAAAGGAAAAUUUCGAUAGAUAGUAAUAAGAAGACAUCCGAGACUUGGAUUGACGAGUGGUCGAAAGGUUCUCAAACUACGGAACUGGAACAUUCCUUCCCAAAAACAUUUACACUUCGUUUUUCUAUAAUUUAUUUGUUUAUUCAAAGUGACCCCCCAAAAUCCCAUCCGGAUUUGUUGUUACGUUCAGGGCAUGUGUUUUGAGGUAGAAAGGCCAAUGUCUCAGUAAUAAUUGGCAUUUCAAAUGGUUAUCACCUCUUGCUUGACCAACCAGCAUCAGCUCCAAAUAUUGUACACGAACUUAACACAUGCCAUGUAAAUAAAAACAUACAUUUAUUAUCUUA